ACGUCAGGCAGCGGCUGGCGGUGAUUUGCUAGCCGCGCCGCCGAGGCCAGCUAGAGAGGCUGAGAGCGGGCGCUGCGAACUCGCGUGCCGCCGCGCCGGCAAUGCUGCUCCUCCGGCCGCCGCUGCUGUUGCUGCUCCGCCGCCGCCGUUGUUGCUUUCGCAGCCGGCCACACUUUCCCGGGGCAGAGCCCGAGAUCUGACCCACCCAAAAGCCGGCUCCAGAGAGUGCAGCGGAAAGACUCCCUCAUGCCUGCACCCCGGGAGCGUUAUGGAUUUGACUAAGAUGGGUAUGAUACAGCUCCAGAACCCCAGCCAUGCCACGGGGCUCCUGCAGAAAGCCAACCAGAUGCGCUUGGCGGGGACUUUGUGUGACGUGGUGAUCCUGGUGGACAGCCAGGAGUUUCACGCCCACCGGACUGUCUUGGCUUGCACUAGCAAAAUGUUUGAGAUACUGUUCCACCGCAACAGUCAACAUUACACCUUGGACUUCCUCUCGCCAAAGACCUUCCAGCAGAUUCUGGAGUAUGCCUACACUGCCACCUUGCAAGCGAAAGUAGAAGAUCUGGACGACCUUCUCUAUGCUGCUGAGAUCCUGGAGAUUGAGUACCUAGAGGAGCAAUGCUUGAAGAUCUUGGAGACUAUCCAGGCAUCAGAAGACAAUGACGGUGAAGUCAACAUGGCCGAUGGCAGCACUGAAGAGGACGAGGACCGGAAAUCGAAAUACAUUAAGAAUAUACUCAUCUCCAAGCAUUCCAGCGAAGAGAGUGGUUACUCUAGCCUGGCCAGCCAGAGCCUAACAGGGACAAUGGUGGAGCAGAGCCCCUCGGUCUCCACCUCCUUUGGACUCUCGGCCAUGAGCCCCACCAAGGCCGCCGUGGACAGCUUAAUGACCAUCGGCCAGUCCCUACUGCAAGGGGCUUUGCAGCACGGUGCGCCCGAGGACUUGCACCUUGGCGGCAGCCGCCAUCCAAGCAUGUCCGAGGUGAAAAUGGAAGCGAUGCAGGUGGACGAGGCCUCCAGCCACGAGAGCUCAAGGACGGCCGAUCUCGGCGCUUCUGCAGGGGACAAGGCCGAGGACAAAAGCAAGCAAGGGCCCGGCACUCCGACGCGGAGCAGCGUCAUCACGAGUGCCCGUGAACUUCAUUACCCCCGUGACGAGAAUGCUGAGCAGCCCUGCGAGGCAGCCCAGGGCCCGCCGGUUGGGCCAGAGCUCCUGAUCUCUCAUGGGGAGAAGCCCAUGGGUCUGUAUUCAGUGCUGCCCAACCACAAAAAUGACUCCAUGCUUAGCAUCCCGUCCUCCAUGACUCCUGCUCUCCACGUGCAGCCGGCCCUUGCGGUGUCCAUGGACUUCAGCGCCUACGGGGGCCUCCUCCCUCAAGGCUUCAUCCAGAGAGAGCUGUUCAGCAAGCUCGGGGAACUGGCCGUGGGCAUAAAAACCGAAAACCGAACCAUUGGCGAACAGUGCAGCGUCUGUGGGGCAGAGCUGCCGGACAACGAGACGGUGGAACAACACAGGAAACUGCACAGUGGGAUGAAGACGUAUGGAUGUGAACUGUGUGGGAAAAGGUUUCUCGAUAGCCUGCGUCUCCGGAUGCAUUUACUGGCUCAUUCAGCUGGUGCCAAAGCCUUUGUUUGUGAUCACUGUGGUGCGCAGUUCUCUAAGGAAGAUGCCCUGGAGACUCACAGACAGACACACACUGGCUCAGACAUGGCGGUCUUCUGCCUCCUCUGUGGGAAACGAUUCCAGACCCAGACAGCCCUGCAGCAGCACAUGGAGGUGCACGCCGGAGUGCGCAGCUACAUUUGCAGUGAGUGCAACCGCACCUUCCCGAGCCACACAGCCCUCAAGAGGCACCUGCGCUCCCAUACAGGUGACCACCCGUAUGAGUGUGAAUUUUGUGGCAGCUGCUUCCGGGACGAGAGCACUCUGAAGGGCCACAAGCGCAUCCACACUGGGGAGAAGCCCUACGAAUGCAACGGCUGCGGCAAGAAGUUCAGCCUCAAGCAUCAGCUAGAGACCCACUACAGGGUCCACACAGGUGAGAAACCGUUUGAAUGCAAGCUCUGCCACCAGCGGUCCCGAGACUACUCGGCCAUGAUCAAGCAUCUCAGGACCCACAACGGAGCUUCCCCGUACCAGUGCACGAUCUGCCUGGAAUACUGCCCAAGUCUUUCCGCCAUGCAGAAACACAUGAAAGGCCACAAACCGGAGGAGAUCCCCACCGACUGGAGGAUAGAGAAGACCUACCUGUACCUUUGCUAUGUCUAAAGGGACAAGGGGGAGGGAUGGAGGGAUGAAAUCGGGAAGGACUGGGCAAAACCAACCCCCCUGAAUUGUCUUUGGCUUCUCUUCUCUUCUCUCAGCUUCUCUUCGCUUUCUUUCUUUUUUCUUCUCUUCUUCUGUUCUGUUUCUAUUCAACUUGGCUUUGCUGGUCACCUUCCCUCCAACUUGCAAAGCCCACACAAUUGCAGUGGGGAUAAGCGAGGGUGGAGGGAACCUUCUGGGAGUUCUCUGGCCAAAAUCCACGAGGAGACACAUCUAUUGGCAUCCAGCCCUAGCCACAUGUUAAGCUACCCCUCCGCGUCUCCAUGUCUCCAUGUCUCCAUGCACAUCGGGGCCUUAGGUGGGGUUCAGCAAAUCCCCUGGAUGCUCAGCGGUGGGGUUGCCGGAAUUCACCGAGGCCUCGUUCACUCUCUGAGCUGAAACCUUAUGAGGACACUGAGGAAUUCUCUCCCGGAUAUGUUUUGCCCUCGUUCAGAUGCAGAUAAUGCCUCCACGAUCCUUGCGGAAAGGGAACAGGCUUCAUUUUAAAGCACAGAGGGAACCGCUCUUCGCCCUCGUUCCCUGCCCUUUCGGCAGGCGGCCGACUCCCCAAUCCAGGCAGUUUCUUGGGGCGGAGGAGCAUUGGGAGAGAGCAGGACACCAAUGAAGCUAUGUGUGAUUGGAGAUGUGUGCCUUAGGAGAUCUUGCAGUGCCACAAGAGGAAGCUGGGCUGAAAGUUUCAGAUUGUAUGCAGAGGGCUGUGUCUUGGUGUCCUCCACAAAGGAUCUUGGGGUGCGUUUCCUAGACUGCACGGUGCAGCUGCUCGUGGUGGGGUAGGGAGGGCAGAAUGUUUGGGGCUGGUAUGGGCCAAACCUAGGGGAGCUGAGGGCUGGGCUCCCUGGCAGCAGAAGCUUUGGCGUGCCUGCCUCUCAACAUUGUGCUUUUCCCCUUAGACCCCCCUUCCCCCGUUCCUGGUUUCGGCCGAAAUUACGCGCCCCGGUUGCGCUAGGGAGGCGAAAAGUCGUUCGCCCGAAGAGCGCGCCCGAGGGCAAGCCGAGUUUACAAGAGCUCGCAACUCACCUGUAGACAUUCCCUCUAGACCAUACCCCUUUCUCCUGACCAAAGACCAUUCUAUGCAUUAUUUUUAUUAUUGUUGUUUUCCGUGAGGGUGGGAAAGGGAUUUGGGGGGAGAGAAACCUGUUAGAAACGGCAUAACUUUGCACAUUUGCUAAUAUGAGAGGUCAGCCUUCUCCGAGGAGGGGGUGAAAUCGGAAUGACUUUUCAGCUCUUCGCCCCAGCUGAGAGGUGAAACAGAAUAGGCUUGUGGGGAAGCCCACAGCUUGUGGACGUGGGUGCUCCCAGUCCAAGGGUCAGGUAAGCCCGAGGCUCCAAUGCAAACAGGAUGCUCCGCACUUCCAAGCCCUUCCCCACUGACAUCCAUGGGGGCGCAAGGCCUGUGUGCGCAUUCUUCUAUGGAUGUGCAGCCAGCCCCACGCACCCUCUGUGGAACUGAAAGAGGAAGCUCCAGUCAGCAGGAGCUCCAUUCUCAGUAUUUGUGAGCGCAAGAACCUGGGAGGGGAGGGGAGGGGAGGCAGCUCCCUGGCUGCUGAGUCAUGGGAACAACUGGAGCGUUGAGUUUGCACCCCUUCCAUGGGUGAUGACCGUGCCCAGUUGCACUGCGUGGCUUGCCGGAUUGCAAUUGUGCUGUGUUGCAAUCCGCAGCACUCUGGGCAGCCUUCUACGUUGGUGGCAUUGGCACAUGUGGGUGGCUCAUCCUUCCUCGGGCUGAAUGAGAAGCAAUCGCAGGGCCAGCGAGGCCAGUGUGGUCUGCCUCGGGCAGCCGUGAGGACAGCACGUGGCCGGCCGGCCUUGCAUUGUUUCUAUUCUUGUUGCAGUAGUCGGCAACUAGAUAGCCUGGCCUGGUGGAUCAGGCCAAAUGCUGGAAGCUCCUGCAGCCUCUUGUGAGAAGGGGGAAAGAAUGACUGUAAGCAACGGGGAGGCAGGGCAGUGUAGUCCCUAUAUGUGUCUUCUGUUAGGGUUUCUCCUUCCCUCUUUCGUCCGGUAGUGAGGGGAUGCCUGGACUUACUUUAGUCCCCUCGAAGUGAACCAGUGGUAACCAUCCAUGGGCACAUCCUGCCCCACUGGUUGCCUGCCACCAUCUUAGAGGGACAGCUACCGUUAUUCUGCACCAAGCAACCCUAGUGGGAGAGGGUGACAUUCCCACUUAGACGUUUCCGUAGGACGUGGGCGCUGCCACACUCCGCGGUGUGCCAUUCUUUCCCUCCCAACUCACACCUCCGUUUACACCAUGUCCGCACUCUGGAUCCUUUCUUGCCCCUCCUCUCUUGGCCUUUGGCGGAACUUGCCCCGAUAGGGAGGCAGGGCUUCCUCCUCCCUCUGCCUCCCCCCUCCCCGCCCCCGCCAGGAACGGCUUUUGAAAUGUGCUGCCCACCAGGCCUCCCGCCCAGAUCCUGCUGUCUGCGAAGGAGUCGGACGAAGAAAGGGCGGCUGUUCUUUGUCUUUGCUUUCUUAAUUUGAUUUCACGUUUCACGAUUUCCGCAUUUAGCACAUUGUACUUGAAAUUACCUCGGUUUUUUUGUGACCUCACGAGCUUGUUUGCAUUGGCUUUUGGGGCGGGGGAUACGUUUGGGGUGGAUCGGCAAAAGGGCGGUCCUGCAAGUCCGGAGGAGGAGGAGAAAGCGUUUGCACGCAGCGCCAAAGUGUUGCAGCUCAGCCACGACAGCGCCGUCGACGCCGGUUUCUCUGUCAGCCAUCUUGUUUGGUUUUUUAUCGUGCAUUAUUAUUAUUAUUAUGAUUACCAAAAUUGGUGUUUUGUUUUUAUGACCCGUGCGAUGGAAAUCGGGUCAUACUAUCUUGAAAGCUACCUCUUUUUAAGUUGGGGUUUUGGUUUUGGGUUUUUUUUGGGGGGGGGGUUGCAGUUACAGAAGCACAGUUUUGCAAUAUUUGUGUUUUUUGUUCGUUAAGGGGUUUUGGAUUUUUUUGUUUCGUAUUUUGCUUUGUGGUGUCCAUUUCAAUUUUCAUCUCAUGCUUUAUAUUUGCAAAUGUAAAUUUUAUUUUGUAAUUUAGCUGCAUUUAUAUAUGGGGGGGAGUGUUAGGGAAGUGUUAUGUAGAUGGAAGAAAAGGGAAUAUAAAAGGGUCUCUGUACUGCUGUCCCUUAUAACCUGCCCCCAUCCCUGUCCUGAUGCUUUCUCAACUGUUGGUAAAUACUGAAGGCCUUAAACUGGGAGUAGAGCAAGGGGAGGGUGGAUGGAGAGGGCAGAUUAUGUCAUUGUAUCAGUUGAGAGAUUGACGGUUUAGAGAGAAAAAAAUAGCAAUUUGGUAAUGGGGGGUUGAGAAAAAGAACAGUUAAACUUGAAUAUGUGAAUAGCUAAGUAGAGUUUUGUUUAUAAUGUGAAAAAAGAUUAUGACGUCAUUUAAGGCAGACCCUUGAAAGAGAAAUAUGCAGUAAACAUACCAAUGUCACAUUUGCCAGAGAUGGCCGUAAGGUCAUGUAUAUGUGCUCCCAACAUUGUUGGGGUGCUGUCGUUAUUUUUGGGAAGAAGAAGAAGAAGAAGAAGAAGAAAAAGAUCGUUCAUCUGAGGAGCCCUUUCCCUUCUAUUCCCUCCACUCACCACUCACCCAGCUGAAAGUGUUGGACUGAUAAAUUAUUUGCAAAGUGUAAUAUUUUUGUAAUAUUUGUUAGUCCCUGUGUCUGUUUUCAGCAGGAUGUCGUACCCCUUCCCUUUUGUAAUGUGAACAGGAAUCAGUAUGUGAGUGUGUGAGUGUGUGCGUGCGGGACCUAGUAUUAAAUAAUCAUGCAGUAUUGUUGUAAUCCAGUGUGUGCCACAUUGCCUGGUACUAAAUCAAGGUAUAAUUGCAGCUUCCAAAGCACAUUUGGGAAAAUGCAUUUGACCUACUGGUCAACCGGUGUGAGCCUUCCCACGUCCAGGAAUGCAGGCUUGAGGUUGGGCAGUGGACACUCGUAGCUUUUGGGGAGUGAACUCUAAAUGUGGAACCAUCACUGCAGAGUUGUGCGUCAUUCCCACACCUGGUGGGACUUCAAGAAGACACCAUUUCCCCUCUGAGUUACAAUGUUGUUUGGGCCGGGUGGGGGAGAGGGGAGAGAAAUCCAAUCCUGCCACAUCAUGAAUGUUGUUAUAACAUGGGUGAAGUUGUGUUUGACUAUUGGCCUCGUGGUGAACACGUUGGAUUCAAAGGAGGGCAAGAUUGGUUUGCCCUAAAAGUUGGGAUUGCACAAACCAGAUUUUAAUUUAGGGAGGAAAUACUUUCUCCCAAUGUAGCGUUCUGUCAAUUUUUAAGGAUGCAGUCUGAGGAGGCGCCUGUUCACUUUGUUCCACUUGCCACAUGAAUAAUGUCCAUUUUAAGCCACCAUUUUGAGCCCUGUUUAUGGUACUGAGUUACAAAUGCCUUACAGAUUUCUACUCAAACAUUGUCUGCCUGCAGAUUCGCAGCUCUGGCUUGUCCACGUACAACUUUGGUUUUCUGCCUACAGAAUCCCCUUGCAAGUAUAUAUCCCUGGCUGUCUGUGAUUGUUGCUUUGGGAAUAAACUUCAGAAACUGAAAGCAUUAAGAUGUGUUGUAUACAUACACAUGCAAGUGUGUGUUUCAAGCGUUUCUGUGUGUGAGAGAAAUGUAACUUUCUUUCUUUUUUGCUGCUUUGUGAUGGGAAGCAAGACAGGCGCUGAUUUAGUACAAUCCUCUACGCAACUUUGGAAAAUGGCUUGUUUUACCUUUUUGCUUGAAAAAGGUGUGUGUGUGUGAGUGUGUGUGUGUGUGUGUGUGUGUGUGUGUGUGUUUCCACAUUUAAAAGAGGAAGAAAAUGCUGCAAUGCCUACUCAAUUAUUUGGUACCUUGGGGAAAAGGGUUGGACUUCCUAGCUAAGGGAUGUCAUGGUACACUAAAUGAUUCGAUAAUUUUGAAAGGAUUCGUUCUGAUUCCCCCAAUUCAAAAUGCCUGUUGUUGUUGUUGUUGUUGUGGCUGUAGUUGUGGAAUGUUCAAGCAGGACGGAACUUGCUCAGUUGCGCUAAUCGAGACCAGAACUUUGUCAAGGGGAAAGGUUGUCAGCCAACGUUUCUGUUUGUUUUCACUCCAAUUGCCGCGCAGUUAUUCUGCUACUUACACCUUCCAGCCUGUCCCUUCUCAUGUGCGCUGUUCUGUUGCGCUAAAAGGUUACUUCGCUCAAUCUCAGCCCACCCUCACAAGACAGGGCUGUGGAAUGAGAGGAGAUAAUCUGAGAUUUCCUUGGGCCCAGAACCUCGCACCUAAACAUUUGCUCACCUGCUACCAUGACAUCCUUCAGCCCUCGGGUGCCAAUUUCGGUGUGUGUCUUAGUAUCUGUUUUACAUAGUGUUGAAGUAUGCAUGAUCUUUUGAGGCUAAGAAGCCAUGCUAAGUCUCCAUGACGUUUAUGUUCAUAUAAAUAAAUAUAUAUAUAUAUCUAUAUAUAUUAUAGCACUGAGGACCAAUUUUGUCCUUCUGGACCAAGCAAAUUUAAAGCUUAUUAUUAUUAUUUUUGGUUCAUUUGUUUGUUUUUGCUUGUCUCUUUAACGUUGUGACAGCACAAGUGCCAGUUUGAUUGCUUCGUAUUAAAAAAAUAAAUAGUGUUUUUAAUUGCUGUCCUGGCUCAGUCUACCUCAGCACCUCCUGUUAGCCUAACUUUAGAAGGUGCCCAUUUUUUUUUAUUUUUUUGGGGUUACAUUUUGUUUUUAUUUUGUUUUUAGAUUCUUCAUGAUGUAUUUCUUUUCCUGUACAAAAGACUUUUCUGUUUUUCUUUGCCGUGCUGCUUGUGAGUCCUGUUAAUGUGUUUCUCUAGAGUCACAGAUGCAGUUAGCUUAAAGAUCACACACACACACACACACACACACACACACCAUAAAUCAGAUUUGUCCUCCUCCCACCCACCCCUGAAAAAGUUGUGAUGUCCCUUACUAGUUGACGUUCUCCACCUCUGCAUCUGUUCUGUGUAGAGCACAGGUGCGUUUCUUUGUAAACCUUCAGUGUUUCUGGCGAGGAAAAAAAAGAGAAAAGGUUUAAAAAAAAAAGAAAUUACUGCUGCAGGUUUUUUUCUCUCCAUUUGUCACUAAGUGAAGUUUGUGCCUUCUAUAGCAAAGAGAAUAUUUUUUACAUCCUACUAACAGUAGAUUUUUUUGUAGUGGACAUUUUUUGUAUUUUUAUUUAUAAGUCUCAUAAGGAAAAUAGCAAUGUUCAGUUGUAUACCUUGAAUCUGCAGUUAGAAAAAAAAACACAAUAAAGUUAA